AUGGAUCCACAACGCUGUACCAGACGAGACUUCAGCAGCAGCGCCGACGCCUCAGUGGAGAGCGUCGACACUGGGGAGUCGCAGUCCGAGUACUGCCCUUGUAAGAUGGAGAUGACCAUAGAUCAACGGCGAGAAGAGAGGGAAGAGAGGGCGAAGCGGCGUGCACGGCUCAAGGAGGAGGUAAACGCGAUCAUCAAGAUGUCGAGGACACCACUCCGUGACAUCGUCAGGGAUCUCGUCCUGCCCCACCUCCCUGUGAAGACUCUCCUCCGUUUCAGAGCUGUGUCCAGCGAAUGGAAACACCUGAUUUCUCCCCCGAUCUUCCGCCACUUCCAGUCCCGCACACACCGCACCGCCUCCGGCAUAUUCCGGUCGCUACUUCCGGGCGUCCAAGGCUACUUCCCGUUCGACCCUCUCGCCGGAGGGAUUCCCGAUCCCUUCCUCUCUUUCCUCCCCAUGAGCCCCCCUUUCGCCGUCAUCGCGUCCUCCAACGGCCUUCUCUGUUGCGCCGCGUUUCGCAACUUGUACUUCGUCUGCAACCCCUCUACCUCCGAGUGGGCUCGUCUACCGCUGCCGCCGGAGCACCUGUUCCUAGAGGAACACGCCGGCUUCUCCGUCGAGGCGCUCGUCUUCGAGCCAUCUCUCCAUAAUCUGGAGGAGAACUAUGUGCUAGUUCGCAGCUACCAAAUAUUCGACGACAUCAGCUGCGUAUACGGGUUCCAGAUUUUCUCCUCCGAGACCCGCGUCUGGCGGACGUCGUCGGAAGUGUGCGCCACCGAGAAGUUCAUCGAGAGCUCCGGCGUGUCCGCCGGAGGAGCGGCCUACUGGCGGACGACGAUGCAAACGGUGGUUUCGUACGAUCCUGCAACCGACUCUUGCUGUGCCAUUCCAUGGCCGCUGGGGGACGACCCGGAUGCGGAGUGGCAGCUGGGGGAGAUCAACGGCCGGCUCUGCUGCACCUGCGUGACGGAUGACGCCGUUCAGGUAUAUGCGUUGGCUCCACCGGACCAGUGGGAUCUCUUGGCCUCAAUCCAGAUCGUUGCCGGCGAAGGAGAAGACGACGGGGAGGAGGGCUCAGCGCCGCCGGUGUUCCGCCGCCGCCCGCGGCCUCUGCGGUUCCAGAGCAGGGAACCUGAGGUGCUGCUGUGGGAGUCCGAGCGGCUUGUGGGCUUGGACAUCGUGAGCCGGAGACUAAGGGAGGCGUACGUGGCGCCCGAUCAACCGUGGAUAAGUCCUUACGCGGAUUACGUGCCUCACAUCAGCACCUUCGCUCGGGUGUUCCCGGUAUAA